GUGACAUCAGCUGGGGGCGGGGCGGACGGGUGACGUCACGGGCAGCGGGGCGGUGGCUGGUGUGACGCCGGUGGUGACGUCACCAGCGGGUGUGACGCCAGCAGCGGCAUCACCGUCGCUGCGUGACGUCACCGGCGCUGUGUGACACAACGGUGACGUCACCGCCUGUUCCCGCAGGUGACCCUGGUGACAUCGCGGUGACAUCGCGUUGACAUCACGGUGACAUCUCGGUGACAUCUCGGUGACACGGCGGCCAUGCUGCGCCGUGCCCGGGCGCUGGCUCGGGCCCUGUACCCCGUCCCCUGCCCGCGGCGCCGCUGCCACCAGCCGUGUCCCCCGCGGGACCUGGCUGUCCCCAACGCGGGCUGGAGCGAGCGCAUGCGGCGCCACUACGGCCACCAGCGGGACCGGGCCCGCGCCCAGGGCUGGACACGGCUGCCGUCCUACCGCCAGUACCGCCCGCAGGUGCUGGGGCUGGCCGGUGACACAGGUGCCACAGGGGACAGGGACACGCGGCUGUUCCCGAGGGCCAUCGAGGGCGACGGCGACGGCUUCGAGUUCGCCAUGUUCCUGAGCGUGCCCGGGGGCCGCCUGCGCUGCCUGUGCCAGCUGGGGCCCUUCCUGGAGGCACCCCCGGGGCUGGCCCACGGCGGUGCCAUCGCCACCCUCAUCGACACCUCGCUGGGGACGCUGGCGCUGGCGGUGGCCGGGCGGGUGGUGACAGCCAACCUCAACAUCGACUACGUGGCGGCUCUUCAUCCAGCAGGAUGCCCCCAAGGAGCCACCACGGGGGGGGGACAGCGGCCAGUGACUGUCACCCGUGUCACCUCCUGUGCCAGCCGUGCCACCCCCGGUGCCCUCCCUGUCCCCCUGUGUCACCCUGGCUCUCCUUCAACCAUUCCCGGGUGUCCCCAUGUCCCCCCCCAGUGUCCCCAGAUGUCCCCGGGGCUGUCCCCGUGCCCAUCACAGCCGCUGCCACCACCCCUCGUGUCCCUCGUGUCACUUUGGGGUCCUGGGGGGGGAGGGGGGACCCCGGUGUCCGCCCUCGCUGCCACCGCGGGGUCCCUAAGGGGGGACACGGAGACACCGGGGGGGGGGCACCCCAAAAAUGGGAACUUUGGGGUCUCUGUGCCCCAAAAUUGGGAAAUUUGGGGUCCCUGAACCCCAAAAUUGGGAAAUUUGGGGGUUCUGUGCCCCGAAAUUGGGAAAUCUGGGGUCCUUGAACCCCAAAAUUGGGAACUUUGGGGUCUCUGCACCCCAAAAUUGGGCGAUUUGGGGUCCCUGUGCUCCAAAAUUUGGAUGGUUGGGGUCUCUGAACCCCAAAAUUGGGAACUUUGGGGUCGCUGCGCCCCAUACUGGGAAGUCUGGGGGGUCCCCGCACCCCAAAAUUGAGCCCGGGGGGAGUUCGGGGUCCCCCCACCCCAAAAUUUGGCACUUUAGGCUCUCUGAACUCCAAAAAUGAGAAAAUUGGGGUCUCUGCACCCCCAAAAUUGGGAAUUUUUGGGGGGUCGGGAGAGUCCUGCCCCCCACCAAACUGAACCCAGCAGUGCCGGGGGUCCCAUGGGCGCACCCCAAAAAUUUGGCCACUCCGGGAGGGGGGGGUCCCUGCACCCCCAAAAUUGGGAACUUUGAGGGGUUUUUGGGGGUCUCCGCACCCCAAAACUGAGCCCGGGAGGGGGGUCGGGGGUCGCCGCACCCCAAAACCGCCCCCACUGGAGAACCGGAGUUCCCUCGCCCCCCACCCCAAAAUUUCGGGACCCUCCAAGCCCUUCCCCCAUUUCCUGGGGGGUCCCGGGUGUGUUCCCGCCCCUCCCCCACCCCCUCCCCAUUUGGGGGCUCCGGGAGGAUUUGGGGUCCCCCCACUCCGUGCCUCAGUUUCCCUGCGGCGAAAAUCGCAAAUUUCCCGCG